AUGGAGGACGACGAAAGGCCUAGGAAGUACCCCAAAUUGAGUAAUGACGACGGACAGGAGGAUCCGGAGCCUACAAUGACUGGAGCUGUGGGAUCUGUUCCCCACGAGGACGCCGCCCAGCCCACUACGCAGAAUGAUGUCGCAACAGCAGCGAAUGGUGCCGAUGACAAGCCAAAGGCUGGACAGCAAACUGUGGAUGAAAGCAAAGAGGAUGCGCCCAAAAUAUCGAAGAGGCAAUUGAAGAAACUCCGUCGCAGAGAACAGUGGGACGCGCAGAAGGAUCAGCGCAGGACUCAACGCAAAGAAAAGACGGCCGCAAGGAAACAGCGCAGGCGCGAGGCAUUGAAAGAGGCAAGAGAGGAAGGUGGCCAAGAAGCAGUAGACCAGCUUCUUCAGACCUGGCAGCCAAAUCGGCAAAAGUUCAAGCAAUCGACUUUGUUGCCGAUCACUCUUGUUGUGGACUGUGGCUACGACGACUUGAUGCUUGAGAAGGAACGGAUUUCCCUUUCAUCACAACUUACGCGCUCGUACUCCGAUAAUCGGGGAGCGCCCUACCGUACUCACAUGGUGUUCUCUUCCUUCAAUAAAUUACUCAAGGAGCGUUUCGACACAACCCUAGCAAAGUCAUAUAAUAAUUGGAAGGGAAUCCGCUUCAUGGACGAAGAUUUUGCGCAUGCUGCAGAACAGGCAAAGGAAUGGAUGAAGGAGCCCAAUGGAGGUCAGUUGGCGGGCAUGUUUGCUAACCAGACGGACGCAGCGCCUGAAGACGGAGAGAUUGUGUACCUCAGCAGUGACAGCCCAAACACGCUGACAGAACUAAAGCCAUACAGUACCUACAUAGUCGGAGGACUGGUGGACAAGAACCGUCACAAAGCAAUUUGCUACAAAACGGCAGUGGAAAAGGGAAUCAAAACCGCUAAAUUGCCUAUUGGGGAUUACAUUCAAAUGGCCUCGCGCCAAAUAUUGGCGACCAACCACGUUGUGGAGAUUAUGAUCCGAUGGCUGGAACUCGGCGAUUGGGGUGAAGCUUUCAUGAAAGUUAUUCCUCGGAGAAAGGGUGGUACACUGAAGGAUUCGGGGCGAGCUUCUGAAGAUCCAUCGCAGGAAGGCGAUGUUGCCGAAGCUGACUCGGAUGAAGAAGCGGAAGCUGCUGAACCAGAAGAUGAAGCUGCUGAACUACAAGCUGAAGCUACUGCUCCUAUGAGCAAGUUUCUCUUCGGGGAUACUUCCAAAGAGUCUAUCAUCGAGAUCCCUCAGGGGGAGCUUUAUCUAGUCCGGCCUCUGUCACCCAAGGGCUACUCGGAACUAAUCUUCAAGGACGCGGCCGCGUCGAUCCGACGUACCGGACAGGAGUAUCAAUAUCAACUUGUGAUCCAGAGAGCUUACGAGGAGGGUGAGGAAGAACUAAGCGCCGACGAAGACGAGCAAGGCGGCGUGGAUAACUUCGACAAGGACGAGAAGAUCUUCCUUCUUGACGAGGCUUUGCACUUCCGUACUGAAGUCCGCGAAGGGGGCGCUAAGGUUCUUGCUUGGAGAGACCUGAGCGGUGAUAUCGGCGACCUGUACGAGUUCGUUUGCGACCCGUCUGUACCGUCGGAUAAGAUCCCUACUUUUGAGCUGGCUGCCUUCCAGUGCCAGUACGAGCGGAAAUACAGACAAAGUGCCCAAAAAGCAACCGAGCAGGAUCUUCAGCAGUUCUCGUACCAAGAGGAGAAGCCCAUCCCCUCUGCGAGCCCCAUCUCAUCACCAACCAAGUCUCGCGCUCACUCGCUUACUUCCGGAGAGUCAGCCGCCGCGAUGGCCAAGGAUGUUGAAUAUCAGAAGUCGAAAGGACAGAUCAAGCCAGCUGACAAUGGAGAGGAGCCCACUGUGGCACCGCCAUCGGCUGUGCAGCCUGAAGCUACGGAAGUUCUUGCAAAGGAAAAGGCUGAGCUGCAUAUGUUUGACUUCCCAAGUGGAACAUUCGUUAUCCAAGACGCUGAUGUGACUGCCACUGUGUCCGAGGUCGGUAACUGGCAGUAUUGGCUUCAAAUCAGCGGAACUGAGAAGGAAUGGCUUGGACAGGCUGUUGUCGCGGAUAUUAACCCUGUCUUUAACUUUGAAUAUCUUUCCUUCAUCUUCAACCACUACGCUGAGGAUGGGUCCGCAUACUCUUGGCUUUUACGCUUCAAAGACCAAGAGACUGAGGAACGCUUCCAGGAGGGUUUGAUGCAAGCGCUCUGGGAACAACUGAACGAGAUGAAAUGGGUCAAGGUGAAGGAGGACGACCGGGAAUAUGUUUUGGAUGCGUUCCAGGACCUUACCAUGGAGGACGCAGCCGACAACCAGGAGGAGGAAGAAGAGGAAGAAGAAGAAGAGGAAGAUCAGUACGACGGUCAACGCAGUGAACACUAUGACAGUGAUGAAGAAGAGGAUGAUGUGGUUACACACGAUGAUGACGGUAAUGUCAACUCGCAACUUGCAGUCGGCUACAAGCACGAUAGAUCGUUUGUUGUCCGUGGUUCCAAGAUUGGUGUCUUCAAACACACGCCAGACAACAACCUUGAGUUCUCUACCACUAUCUCCAAGGUGGAGACACCAAACGGCAAGCUGUUCAGCCCCAAGAAGGUUAUGUUGCAUGCCGAGGACUCCAACAUGGUUCUUCAAAACGGGGAUGACCCUAACUCUCUCUAUCGCAUGGACCUGGAGUAUGGUAAGAUUGUCGACGAGUGGAAGGUUCAUGACGAUAUUCCCGUCAACACAUUUGCACCAGAAACCAAAUUUUCCCAAAUGACCAAUGCUCAAACCUUCGUCGGAGCCUCUCAGAAUGCGCUCUACCGCAUUGAUCCCCGUCUGGCAGGCAACAAACUUGUCGAUGCGGAUCUGAAGCAGUAUGCUAGCAAGAACGACUUCUCGUCCGUGGCCACGACUGAAAAGGGAUACAUCGCGGUCGCCUCGAACAAGGGAGAUAUUCGCAUGUUCGACCGCCUGGGAAUCAACGCGAAGACCCAUAUUCCUGCGCUUGGCGAACCUAUCAUUGGUCUAGAUGUGUCCGCCGAUGGCCGCUGGGUUCUGGCUACAUGCCGUACCUACCUUCUUCUCAUUGACUCGCUGCAGAAGGAAGGCAAGAAUGAAGGCAAGCUUGGUUUUGAGCGUUCAUUCGGCAAAGACGCUAAACCCCAACCUCGUCGUCUUGGUCUCCAGCCGGCACAUGUCGCACAGUUCCAACAUGAAACCAAGAAGCCUCUCGCUUUCACCCAAGCUCGUUUCAAUACGGGUGUUGAUUCACAAGAGACGUCGAUUGUUACGGCAACGGGUCCUUUCAUCGUCACAUGGAGCUUGAAGAAGGUGCUUGCUGGGCGCAAGGAUCCCUAUACGAUCAAACGGUACUCUGAAGAGGUUAUGGCAGACAACUUCCGAUUCGGCUCUGACAAGAACGUCAUCGUCGCCUUGCCAAACGAGGUCAACAUGGUUGCCAAGAGAGCUCUCCAGAAACCCACUCGCGAGAGCAUCGCAGGGCCCCCAGUCACCCCAAGCCGUCGCAGCACCCGGUGGGGCAGCCGUUUGGGACGAGAUGAUAUUGUCAACUCUCCAUACUAACGUCCGGCCCCGUUCUCUAGUCAAGUGACUUUGACUUAUUUCAUUACCUCGUUUUUCUUUUCUUGUAC